GCUGGAAAGCCAAGGGUCGCGGGUUUGAGCUCCAGCGACAGCACUAUCUUUAUCAUUUUUCCUGGUCCUACUACAAACUUGUUCUGGCCUGCUUGAAGAUGGAAAUGAUGAAUUCAAUACACCCGAUGACUUGUUUGAGGCCAUUGGAAUCAUGCUUUUACAGACAGAUGAGAAUAAAUCUGAGGAUGACAUCAAGGAUAUAUGUGGGAGGCUGUAUAAUAUCAUGAAUGGGUCUCGGGACAAUAUAUCCCCAGAGCAGUCCCACAAGAGGAUGCUGAUUGCCCCAGUUCAAAUGUCAUUGCUAGAAGAAGAGGAUACAUCAACAGAAACCAGCAGUAUAUGGAUUGCAAAGAAAGAAAAUGCAUCGCAAGUUGAUCCGAAAAAACUUGAAAAGGCAGAAGCAAAACUCCUAAAAAACAAAGAUCGGAAAGUACCUGUACCAAAACCAAAGGCAAAUGGGGCACAUGAUGAAGCCAGUGCAAGUCAACAAUUUAACAGAAAAGAUGUCAAGUUUGAUGCCUCAGGAGCAAACAGAUCAUAUGACAUCAAAAUUGACAACUUUGAUAUUUCAUUUGGAGAAAAAGUUCUGAUCACGGGAGCAUCCAUACAGCUCUUGGCCGGGAGAAGAUAUGGCUUUGUUGGGAGAAAUGGUCUCGGUAAAACAACAUUGCUAAGAAUGAUCGCCAAGAAAAGUCUGAAGAUUCCCUCCCAUAUAUCAGUGCUACAUGUGGAACAGGAAGUUCACGGUGACCAAACAGUGGCACUACAGAGUGUGCUGGAGUGUGAUGUCAAGAGAGAGGGCUUACUUCAGGAGGAAAGAGAUAUUUCAAAUAAACUGUCUACAAGUACUGCAAAAUCUGACGGUGAAUUGUCGUCACGACUUACAGAGAUUUACCACGAAUUAGAAGCUAUGGAUGCUGCCAAAGCACCUUCCCGCGCAGGUGUCAUUCUAGCUGGUCUAGGAUUCACGCCUAAAAUGCAGGCUGCACCUACAAAAGAAUUCUCAGGAGGCUGGCGAAUGAGAUUAGCUUUGGCAAGGGCACUGUUUUCAAAGCCAGACUUACUGUUACUUGAUGAACCUACUAACAUGUUGGAUAUGAAGGCCAUCAUAUGGCUGGAAAACUACUUACAGACCUGGGCCACCACAAUGUUAGUCGUGUCUCACGACCGCCUGUUCCUUAAUGCUGUCGCCACUGACAUAUUGUCACUAAGCAACCAGAAGAUAGACACGUACCGAGGCAACUAUGAGGUGUUUCACAGGACUAGAGAAGAGCGGUUACUCGCCCAGCAGAGGGAAUUCGAGGCACAGCAACAGUACCGUGAUCAUAUACAGAUUUUCAUCGAUAAGUUCAGAUACAAUGCCAAACGUGCUUCACAAGUCCAAAGUAAAUUAAAGAUAUUAGAAAAAUUACCCAAACUUAUACCUGUGGAAAAAGAAACGAAAGUCCAGUUCAAAUUCCCUGAAUGUGAGAAGUUGUCUCCCCCUAUUCUGAUGUUGGACGAGUUGAAAUUCUACUACACAAAGGAGAAAGUUAUAUUCAACAGUAUAUGUGUAAAUGCCAAUAUGGAGUCCAGAAUUUGUAUUGUUGGAGAGAAUGGUGCUGGUAAGACCACAUUGCUGAAGAUCUUGUUAGGAAAUCUUGACCCUGUGAGUGGAGUCCGUCAUGUACACCGCAACCUUGCCAUUGGCUACUUUAGUCAGCACCAUGUGGACCAGCUGGCUAUGGACCUGUCCUCAUUAGAACUGAUGGCUGAGCGAUUCCCAGGUCUGAACUCAGAGGUGUACCGAGGCAAGUUGGGGAUGUAUGGUGUCAGUGGAGACCUAGCCCUACGACCUGUGUCCAGUCUCUCCGGAGGUCAGAAGUCAAGGGUCGCAUUUGCUAUUCUUGCCAUGAAGAACCCUAAUUUCUUCGUUCUUGACGAACCUACAAAUCAUUUGGAUAUGGAGACGAUAGAAGCCCUUGGUUUUGCAUUAUCUAAAUUCCAGGGAGGUGUUGUGCUUGUCUCCCACGACGAGCGACUCAUACGGGUGGUCUGCAAAGAAUUAUGGGUAGUAAGGAACGGAGGCGUGGAGGCAUUAGAGGGAGGCAUUGACGAAUACAAACAAAUUGUGGAGAAGGAGCUGGAGCUAAAUUGUUGAUGACCAUGAUAGUAGCUUUGAUAUGGACUAUUUAUAGGAAUAAUUGUCAUAAAUGUCAGGGUAACUCUAUCUCCUGGUUAAUGCAACGGACAGUUUAUAAAUACAGUAAAACCUGUCUACACUGAACUCAUCAGCUUGAUCAGUAUCUUGGUCCUACAUAGAUAUGUAUGAACAGUCUGAAAGUUAUUAUCUGGUUUAUACAGGUUUCUAAAUUGUGAAAGGUUCGCAGUACCUCUGCCAUAAACUGUAACUAAGGGAAACUGUUUUUUCCGGCAUGACUAUAUCCUUGAUGAAUAAUAUGCGAAAAGAAAACCAUACCUUGUGGAAUUUUCAUGAACAAUGAUGAAAUACACAGAGUAUACUUCAGUAUAGUAAGCAAGAGUAUUCUGAGUAAAAAAAAUCAGCGGGGUUAGACCAGGAUUCAAACACUGGCCCUCAGAUUGUUAUACUAUCUCUGUUAAUGAAUAAAUGAUCUGAUCAAUAGAAGUGCACUAGCCCAAAUGUGCUACAGAUACAUCCAAACGGAAGUUGAAGGGAGAUAACUGUAAAUAGGAAAUAAUGGCAGUGAGACAGAUCCUUAAGACAGAUAAUGCUGUUGAAGUGUUGGGGUUUUUCUUGGAAUAUGAGAGCCAUGAUUUAAAAAAAAUAGCAGAUGCAUUGUCUUAAUGCAAAUUGUUACCCACAUCUGAAUAUGCUGAACAUAACUUAUUUAUGAAUGGCAAAGAGACAGUGGAUUUUAUCAUAAUGAAUACCUAGGCUGGAACAGAUGUGUGCUACUUUUCAGGUUGUUGGUGUGAUAUAAGUCUGUCUGCACAGGCAGGAAAAUACAGUCAGUAGCAAAUGUUUACUGAAAUGUGUACAAUACAACAGAAAAUAUGUCAUUUCAUGAAGUAAUGCAGUGUUCUUGUAGAAACUUAUCGGUAUGAAUGAGUAUAUAUUAAUGAAAAAAAGGGAAAUAUGUGUGAACUCUACUGUAGGAAAUGGUUUAAUUUUGAUAAUCUGAAAUGACCCGAAGCUGUUACAUGAAUAUUUUCUUGAGAAUUGUAUAGCUGGAUGGGUUUGAUUAUUGAUAUUGUUUUUAUGAGAAAGAUUGUGUGGGAUGUUCGUUCUGUGUGUGUUUAUGUAUGCUAUUACAGACUGAUGUGAUACAGAUGGUAAUACAAGUCAGUUAUGAAUGAAAGAGAUCGAGUGACACGUGUGUCUCUGAAAGAUAAGAUUAAAAUAAAGACACUGGAUUGAAUUUAUUUAAGUUGAUAAGAAUAGUGAACAUAAUUCUGCCAACAUGUCUCUGUUUUGUUUAUGCAUGUGAAGAUGCCUAGCAGGAGGGCAGAUUUUCUCAUCUCAAAUAAUGGGGUAUGCUCAUCUCUAAUAAUGGGGUAUGCAAUAUAUGUACUGAUAUGCAGGCUCUGUAUCUGUAUGGAUACGCUGAAGUAACCAAAACUGGUGUGUUACAGCAGUUUGUAUCUAGAUACUAGGAUUGUUAUCACUUUAAACUCUGUUGGUUCCAUACAUGAAAUGAUACACAAGGGACAUAUGCUGCACUACAUGAACUAUCUGUAAUUUUUGUCCUGCCGCUACGAAGUAGCAGAGCGCGACUAAGGUGUUGCUUUUCUGGUGACGGCGUCAUCAUCAACAUUAAGUUUUAGCGUUUAAGUUAGUUUCACUGAAAGUAUAAGAGCUAGACCAACCAAACUUGACAUGUGCAUUGAUGGUCAAAGCGGGUUGUUAUAAAAGUAGUGCUACUAGUUUGUGGUACUGGUUCUUUAGUAACCUUGUUUAGAAAUCUUUCUGUAUGGAAAAUAGCUUACUGUAUAAACCUCUGCUAAUUUUGCUUUGGAUUUUUUUUUAAUUAUCAGCAGAAUAAUGAGACUUUUGUGCAUAUUUUCUGAGGGUGGCCUUUUAUAUCUUUUUCUUAGGUGGUUUAACCAAAGUGGAAAAAAAAUAUCAUUGAUUCAAAGUCUAAUGCAAUACUGGUAUGCUAAGCUUUUCCAGAAGUCAGUAUAUCAAGGGAGGAUAUGGUUGUAAAUGAAUGUAAAAUGAUACACCCUGAAUUUCUUCAUACAUCUGGAUAUAUGUGGAUAUUCAUCAGCCUAUAGCUAUAUCAUAGUGUAUCUAAGACAUCAUAAAGGUUGAUAUUUGUUGUCUGAUGUCCUCAAAACUGCUUAAGUUGCAUUGGUGUUUUUCAGUUUUGAAAUAAAAUUUUGACAGUAAAUAUCAGAUAGAUGUUUCACUGUUCAACCAAGAAAUUGUAGUUCUUUGAAGGCAUUAGAUGUCGCUGGAAAUAUGUAUAUGAAACUAAAAAGAGUUUAAGGACAUCUAAAUAGUAUUUUGUUAUUUAAACAUUAACCCACCUUCAUAUGUACUGCCUUUACCUGGGAGGUUGUGGGGUUCUUCUUGCUUUCUUUGAGAUAGUUAGUGUUUAUUAAAAUUACAAGAAAAAAUAUUUUCUAAAAAAUAACAUUUUCGCAAGGAUGUCAAUUUGUAAGUACUAAACAUUUCUAAGCAAAGAAAUAGGGUAUGAACUAUAUUGCUGUGGUUCUCAAUACAAAAACAGUAACUGACCUCUUCAUCCAGGGUUAUUCUUGUAGGAUGUUGUAAGGUGAAUCUAGUCAUGUAGAACUACAUACCUUACAUUCUUAAGGGUCCAAGUCAACAUUACAUCAACAAGUAUUUUCUAUCGAUAAAUGUUAAAAUUUCGUUUCAUUUACAGAAUUUUGAAAUUAUGAAGAAAGAAACCAUGAGCUUAAAUCAUAAUCAUCAUUAAUUUUCUUAGAUAACAAAAAACAUGCCUGUAUGUUUGUUUGAGGUUGAACACCAGUUUAUUUGACGCAUUAAACCACUUAAUUCUAAUUUAUACACGCUAUCUAUGUACAACAUGGCACUGGCUAGGUGCUUUAACUUGUCUGUGCUGAAGGAGACUUUCUAUGUCAAAAUGAAAUAACCACAUAGAAUCUGUGAUACAACUGAUUUUAUUAUAAUAAAACCAGUGAUUUACAG